AUGGACCCGGCCCCGGAUGCUGGCCAGCUUCGAGACGAUGCUGUCGAUACCCGCCUUCCCGCCUUGGGCCACCAAAAUCUAGAGCACGACCUCAACCUCUGUCACCACACCAGCCCUGUUUCUCUCCCAAUUCCAUCCCCAACCGACUCCCUCCUCGAAUCUCUCUCCUACACUGACUGUGACCUAAGAAACGACACUCAGGACGACGGCCUCUCGUACCACCAGUUGGACAUCCCCGAUUCAUACUCAACGACGACCUAUCACGACCCGACGGCCUCGACUGGGGACAACCAUCAUGCCCCUUCGCCUUCCUUAGACCCCGACGACUUUUACAGAAACUUUCGUGGCCUAGACAGUAGUACAGGUUUAGACCUUCUACCCAUGGCAACCACCUCGUCUUCUCGCGCGUCCCUACAAUCCAACGGAGAUGGAACUGCCAGUCUCAAACACUCGGCGGUCCCCCCCGCUACACGCAGUCUGCCACGAGCAAACCUUCGCUCCGUUUCUAGUCCUUUAGACACGACAGUAUCUGCAAAUAGAACCCUCGCCCAAGCGAUGCCCGCUGGCAAACCGAGCGUGAAGGACUUGAAGAAACGAUUUGACCAAAAUGCCAUGGCCGCUGGCUCUGCCAUCGCGCUUGCUCCUAACAGAGUAGUUCCUGUUUCAAAGUCUCCUAGGUCCAGGAGCAGCGCACAGGAGCAUCGCAUCCCUCACUCAGCCACCAAUCCAGAGACACGACAGUCGCCUGCCUGUGGCAGAAGCAUUGGUGGUAGUGUUGCUGGGUCAUCAUCGUUCCCGCUGCGACACUCCAAGUUUGUGGUCGACGAUCAUGCUUCCACUAGCUCGCAGUCAUUCGCUAGUCGCAUCGGCAAACCGCGGAAUUAUACGGACGUGGAGAAACCAUCCCCGCCAACACGAUUCAAUCAUCGCCAGGUGCCUUCUACUUCCUCUGACGGCGGCAAGUCGACAGGUUUGUUAUUUGGCGAGGUUCUGCGGAACCAUGACGAGGCGUCCGCCUUGGGUUUUGGCAUUGAUGGAGUCCGCGUGCGGAGAACUUCGGAGUCUAGCAUCCAGCAUCACAGCACACAUCAUCGCACCUUUUCUGGGCCCAGCAACGGGGCAGGCUCGCCCACUGCUUGGUAUCGCGACCCUGCAUCCCAGAGAAAAGGAACCCCUCGCUCUACUGCUUCGGGCUCCCGGCCACGACCUCACUCCCGCGCUCAUAGUGAUGACGGUUCGUCGUCACCAUCGUCGCGGGCCGCUCGAAAUGCAAGAUAUACACCCUCGUCACACUCAUCCAAACUGCCCGUCUCCGUCCGAAAGCUCAACGCGCCAAGUAACUCCACGAGUCCGUCCUCCACUCGCUCAAGUUCCCCGUCUACACUUAAGAAAUAUCAAGCGAAUGGAUGGCCGACUACGAGAACAAGCCCUGGCGCUACCCGGGUCAAGACGCCAACGCCAAGCCGAAAGCCUCCUCCCCAAGGGCUGGUCACGCCAAACAGCAGCAACAGCAACAGCAAUAAUCCAAGGCUGCAGGCAUACAUUUCUUCAUCUGCCCCAAAACUCUCUCCAACUCUGCGCAGCUCUCGACCCCGACAGCCGGUUUCCAUCGCCAGCACAGCCAGUUCUAGGUUGAAGGAAUCCGAAAAAGCACGGAUGGACAAGCCGCGAGAACCAUCCUUCAGGCCUCGCAAAAUUUCCAUCGGUCCCAUAGAUUUUGCACAGAGAAGAGAGCAUAUAAGGCUUGCUUACACCAAGUCGAUCCGUGAGAGCGAGGCUCUGGAAGCACGGCAAACUGCGGCUGCUGAGAAGAUACUGCGUGAUUCGGAAGAGACUGCUGUCAAACGACAAUCUUUGACACCUGCUGCCCCUACCGAAAUCGCCAAAUCGGAUGACUCUGUUGCCGUGUCUAGUGAAGCAGUUGAGAUUAGUACUACCGACCCUGUCCGAGAUGCCAAACCUGGCGUGCCCGAGGCGUGUGACUCUGCAGAGUCAACAAAGCCUCUGGUAGCAGCACCCCCUCCUCUAACAAUUUCCACCGACAAAGAUCAAACAACGGUGCUUUCACCAGAUUCACCAACCUUGGGGUUGCCUGGAAGCUUUCCUAUUCAAACAUCACCACCGAUGGUCACAGACGAGCCGCCGCCCUCAGCAAUGUCGCCGACUUCAGAUACGACUGAGUUCGACGCUGAGCCUCAGACGCAUCUGCCUGUCCAAGCACAGUCGAGCCCUGGCAUCCCGGUUACGCUAGGCAAAACUCCAAGUCCUCAGCCGGAACAAGAUCCACCCCUUUCACGUACUACGGAAUAUCGAUAUCCGUUUGAAGAUGAACCCGACGAGUCUCCGGUACGAGCGUCGCCAACGUUACCCGUAACCGAAUACGAACGGGAUCCGGCUGUGCCAGGCUCGUUUGUGGACAACGAUGACGAUGACAAAGAACCAGACGGCCUAGGGAUUGUCUCAUCACAAUCGCAAGACACCGCAAUCACUCUGGUACCGGAUUCGCAAAUUCAAGCGACUUCGGGUAGUGAGAACACCCAAACAGUUCCUUUCCCGCGGCUCGAGACCCAGGACGACUCCGAUUGCCAGUCCGAUUUGGAUCACCUCCAAACGCAUGGGAAUCAAGAUGGCCAUCAUGACAAUGACCAUGAUGAUGCACUUACAAACACCUGCACGGAGGAGACUGAUGAUGAUGACGGGGAACACCAUGAACUUUAUCCUGGACAACUUCCUGGCCAACACGUAGGGUCCUGCAGGGCAUCGACAUGUGCGUCAUCGGAAGCUGGCACUUGCGACGAUGUACGCCAUUCGGGCUACGAGCAACAACAAGGUCUGGGUGCAUCGUCCCCGAGUAACUUGCUGAUCCCCAAUGCGAAAUGCCAGGAUGAGCGAUUCAGUAGACAAUCUGCAUGGACAGACUUUUCCGUGGAUAGUACUGAUCCCUCAGAAGUGAUGAGAUCCCCAGCGAUGCCCAGCAGCCGUGAAUCACCAGCCUUUGGCAAUGUCAAAAUAUUUAACCCUAAGGCUGAGUCGUCUCUCCAUGAUAGGCGCCGCAAUAGGCUGUCGGGACUUGACGAUUCUGAAGAUUCAAGGCGGUCUUCAACUCACUACCACUCGCACCAUCUGCCCGAGGUUGACACAGGGAAUGGCUUCUCGGUUCCUUACUUGUCGUCCCACCAAACAAGCGACCAAGUCUCCUAUAUUCCGUCGCCGACACACGAACCUCCUCCAAUUCCGACCUCCCUACCAGGUUCUGGCCUCAACUCCAGAACGUCGAGCACUUUUUACGACCAGGCCCAAUACGAAAGCACACUACUCGACUCUGAACGGGGAAGCGACGAAUACAUGUCGAAUGCCGGGACAUCUCGAUCUGUCGACUCGGCAUCUCUGGCGACUACUGAUCAGUAUGUGAGCACACAAACACCGGCAGACAGCGAUACCAAGUCGCUCUCACAGGACAGCGAAGAGCUUAGCGACAAGGAACGGCAUCGUCUUGGUCAAAGGAGAAAUGUCAUCAAAGAAUUGGUGGAUACCGAGGCUGUAUUCGUACGCGACAUGAAUAUUGUGGAAGAGAUCUACAAGGGCACUGCCGAGGCGUGCCCCAAACUCGACGGGAAAACGAUCAAGCUCAUUUUCCGAAACAGCGACGAAAUCAUUGCCUUUCACACCGCGUUCCUCGCAGAGCUCAAGGAGGCGGUUGCAGCUGUGUACAUUCCAAAGGGUGCCAGAAAUAUGCCAGGGGAUGACUCAAGCCUGUCAACUCAAGCCGUCGCUACAGCUGGGGAGCCAAGCGAUGCCAAAGACCGCUCUACUUCUCUCGGACCGGUAUUCAAGAGCAACAUGGAGCAGAUGAAGGUGGCGCAUGAAGGGUUUCUUCGUGCUAGUGAUCAAGCUGCCAAGAGACUCAUCCAAAUUCAGCAAGAUCCCACAGUCCAGGUUUGGCUGAAUGAGUGCAAUGAAGUCGCCAAGGACUUGACUGCAGCCUGGGAUCUGGAUUCUUUGUUAAUCAAGCCUAUGCAGAGAAUCACAAAGUAUCCGAAUCUCAUAAUUACACUUCUCCAACAUACGCCUCAGGAUCAUCCUGAUCGAGAAGCCUUGAUGGAAGCCAAGGACAUAUUGGAAACUGCAAUUAUUGAAAUCAACAAAACCAAGAAGAAUUUCGAACUCGUUGGACAAAUCGUGGGCAGAAAGAGAAAAGAAUCCGACGUCAGGGCCGGCUUCGCGCGAGCCUUCGGCAAGCGGGUCGACAAGUUACAGGCAUCCAACAACCGCACGGCAGAAGAUGCAGACUAUGCGAAACUUAACGAAAAAUUCGGGGAUGACUAUCUUCGACUUCAAGUUGUCCUUCGAGAUGUUGAAUUCUACACGAGGCAAGUGUCGGCGUAUGUCCACGAAUUCCUUCAGUACAUGUCGUCUAUUGAGCUUGUUAUGCGGCUUCAGCCCGGCAACUAUCCAGAACUCGAAAGUAAAUGGGUACAGUUUAAUAUUUCCGUCCGCGACCUGGAAAAGGUUGCACUGGAGGAGCAUCUAGCGCAAGUCCGCAAGCACGUCAUUGAGCCAUUUGAGCAUGUCAUUAAAGCAUAUGGCAACCCAUCAUUGGCCAUGAAAAAGAGGCAGAAGCGGCGAAUAGACUAUGAGCGGUUCGAACAGCUAAAGCGAAGUGGGAAAACACCCGAUCCCAAGCUAAUGGAGCUUGUCGAACAGUACGAGGCACUGAAUGAUACAUUGAAGAAGGAACUUCCUCAGCUGUCAACUUUGACUGAAAAAGUUGGCAACAUUUGUCUCGGAAACUUUGUGAAUAUCCAGGCGAACUGGUAUGCCAUUUGGAAGGAAAAGAUGAAGAUGGUCUUGCCAGGUUGCGGGGAUAUGCCGGACCUGCAGUCGGUAGUGUCAACCUUUCAGCAAGACUUUCCCUAUACCCACGAUCAGAUGGCACAGAUUGGUAUCCUCAACCCAGCAACCUGGGGUAGAACGUCACAGUCAACCUCUGUGAGUGUGGAUGACGUGUCAAUACGAACAAGGUGUCGGCCCUCGGAUGUCGAAUCUCGCAGUCGCGGCCAAUCUUUGAAUGGUGACAUGGCACCGUCAUUACCUGCACCAGACUUUGGGGGACGCCGCAGUGGCUCAUUCACCAUGUCACCAAGCCAUGGCGCUACCCCUGGCUUUGGAAAUGGCAACGUGCCAAGUCCACAUCAGUACUAUUAUCGUGACUACUAUACCGGCAUUCAGGCCAGCCAGGCAGGAUCCGCUUCACCAAAGUCUCCCGAGAUGGCCAGCAGCUCACGGCCCGGUGCUGCUGGCGGCAUGUUUUCGACAAGACCCAGCACUGGCCGUAGUUUCGAUCCUGGAAUGACCCGACAAAGCUCAGAUUCGUCUGUCCUGCAACAUCGCGACUCCAGCGCAACCUAUAACUCGGCCUACGUGCUCCAGGAUACUCAGCGUGAACCUCAUCGAUUUUCCAACCUGUUCCAUUCGGCUCUUCCAAUGUCGGACGGACCUGAUGACGGCAAUAGCCAACGAGCGUCGAGGGCGUCGUCCACCGACCGUGGUCAGAAUUCCGACGGCUACAGGGUGUUGUGGCUGGCUGCGUCACUCUUUGAAUUCAAUAUCUCUACCACUAAACACGAAGCUGGAUAUCCGUAUCUGACAUAUCAAGCUGGAGAGAUAUUCGAUGUCAUAGCCGAAAAGGGCGAGCUCUGGCUAGCAAAGAACCAAGACGACGCAAAAGAUCAAGUUGGCUGGAUCUGGUCAAAGCACUUUGCAAAACUGGCCGAUCAGUAG